UAGUUUAAGUUUAAAAUAAAUUUGAAGUUUUUAUCUUCCUUUGGAGAAAGAUAAGAAGGGCACACAGCCACACAACAGCAAGGAAAUAUGACCCGUGGGUCAUUCGCACAGGACAAAAGGCCUUAAUCCCAGCACUCGGGAGGCAGAGGCAGGCGGAUCUCUGUGAGUUUGAGGCCAGCCUGGUCUACAAGAGCUAGUUCCAGGACAGACUCCAAAGCUACAGAGAAACCCUGUCUCGAAAAACUAAAAAAAAAAAAAUUAAAAAAAAAAUAAAUAAAUAAAAAAAAAGAACACUUUCUCUCCUGGGACGCAGAGGAGGGGAAGCGCCGCCUUGUACUUUCGCAACAGCGCUUCAGGGAUACUUUAUCCCGCUGCUUCAUAAAUGCUGUAAAUAGAUGGUUUACUUCUUUCUUUUUUUGUGGGUGUGUUUGAAAUGGAAAUAAGCCAUCACCACACAAAUCCAUCAGCACAGCGCCGUGUGAGAGCAAAGGGCACUGUGCCUAGGUCUACAGAUUUCUACUGGCUUACUGUGCGGCUUUGGACACGUUUAUUUCUCUCUGCGUCCGUUUCCUUUUCCAUAACAUGAUACUUUUUGAACUAUCCUUACCUCAUAAGGUUGUUAUGAAAGUUAAAUAAAUGUUUGUAAAGUAUUCAGAGCAGAACCUGGCUUGUAAUGAAUAGUAAUUGUCAUUUAAACAGGCCAAUUCGGAAUGUCUUGUUGACAUUUUUAUCACAUUAGCUCACAUUAAUCAGUAUAGUUCUUUUCAGCUACAGCUACCUAAAACGCGCGUAUCCAGUAUAUCCAGAGCUGUUAGUAAGCAAGACGUAUUGGAAGACUGACUGACUACCGCAGAUCCAGGGGCUGAUUUUUGAGCUGCUCAUUUGGGAUUUUCCCCUGUCUGUAAUUUUCUGCUUUUGUCACUGGGAAGUAUGUAAGAAAAAAAAAAAGUUUAAAAAUAAAAAUUGCAAGAGCAAGUCUUUUGAAUCACCAAAAACAGCGGUGUCCACCAAAUCUCCAAGUUUCCCUUCUGUCCAGUUCCUUUUGCCUCCUCUGCCUUCGUUCGGUAUGCUGUGUGACACCUUGACUCCACCUUUGACCAGCUCUUCCACGAGCCUUAGGAAACUGCUCAGCCGCAGACCCAGGGGUGUACGGGAAGGGUAGAACCGGGAGAGCGGGUCCCCCAUCUGUGCCUAAACAUGUAGGCCUGUGUUUCAGGGAACUGCAAAGUACCUUGGGUGUGAAAAUUUUUUUUCUUUGAGAAACUAGGCUGCAGCAUCACAUAGUUAUAUUCCUAACAGAAAUUUUUAGUCUAGCAAUUCCUAUUAAUAAUCUCUCUUUUUAAAAUGUUCUUUUUUUGUUUUUAUUUAGUAAAUUUUUCAUUGUCAAUGAUAAAUCCAGGAAGACUUCUGGAAGAAGAAAUGACUAGAUACGCGUAUUACUACUCGGGACUAGGUGGCGGAGUCCUUAUUGCUGCCUACAUCCAAGUUUCUUUCUGGACUUUGGCAGCUGGUCGACAAAUAAAGAAAAUCAGACAACACUUUUUUCAUGCCAUCCUCCGACAAGAAAUGGGCUGGUUUGACAUCCAGGGCACCACUGAACUCAAUACGCGUCUGACAGAGCUUCGUAGUGGGGUUCCUCAGAGGAUGGAAGCUCACACUGGUGAUCAUGGCCAUCAGCCCCAUCCUGGGGCUCUCUACAGCUGUGUGGGCAAAGAUCCUCUCAACGUUCAGUGACAAAGAACUAGCUGCGUACGCAAAAGCAGGUGCCGUGGCUGAAGAGGCUCUGGGAGCCAUCAGGACUGUGAUAGCUUUCGGGGGCCAGAACAAAGAACUAGAAAGGUAUCAGAAACAUUUAGAAAAUGCCAAAAAAAUUGGAAUAAAAAAGGCUAUCUCAGCGAACAUAUCCAUGGGCAUUGCCUUCUUGUUAAUAUAUGCAUCCUACGCACUGGCCUUCUGGUAUGGGUCCACUCUGGUCAUCUCCAAAGAGUAUACUAUUGGAAAUGCAGUGACAGUGUUCUUCUCAAUCCUCAUUGGUGCUUUCAGUGUGGGGCAGGCGGCCCCCUGUAUUGAUGCUUUUGCCAAUGCACGAGGAGCAGCUUACGUGAUCUUUGACAUUAUUGAUAACAAUCCUAAAAUUGACAGUCUUUCAGAGAGAGGACACAAACCAGACAGCAUCAAAGGAAAUCUGGACUUCAGUGAUGUUCACUUUUCCUAUCCAUCUCGGGCUAAUAUCAAGAUCUUGAAGGGCCUCAACCUGAAGGUGCAGAGUGGACAGACCGUGGCCCUGGUCGGCAACAGUGGCUGUGGGAAGAGCACCGCUGUCCAGCUGCUGCAGAGGCUCUACGACCCCACAGAGGGUACGAUUAGCAUCGAUGGCCAGGACAUCCGGGACUUCAAUGUCAGGUACCUGCGGGAAAUCAUCGGAGUGGUCAGUCAGGAGCCGGUGCUGUUUGCCACCACGAUCGCCGAGAACAUUCGCUAUGGCCGUGGCAAUGUAACCAUGGAGGAGAUAAAGAAAGCUGUCAAAGAAGCCAAUGCUUAUGAGUUCAUCAUGAAAUUACCACAGAAAUUUGACACCCUGGUUGGUGACAGAGGGGCGCAGCUGAGUGGGGGACAGAAACAGAGAAUCGCCAUUGCUCGUGCCCUGGUCCGCAAUCCCAAGAUCCUCCUGCUGGACGAAGCGACGUCAGCCUUGGACACCGAAAGUGAGGCUGAGGUACAGGCGGCUCUGGAUAAGGCUAGAGAAGGGCGCACCACCAUUGUGAUCGCCCAUCGACUGUCCACAGUCCGAAAUGCUGACGUCAUCGCUGGGCUUGAGGAUGGCGUCAUCGUGGAGCAGGGAAGUCACAGGGAGCUGAUGGAGAAGGAAGGGGUCUAUUUCAAGCUCGUGAACACACAGACAUCAGGAAGCCACAGCCUGUCAGCAGAAUUUGAAGUUGAACUAAGUGAAGAAAAGACUGCAAGCAGCAUGGCCCCCAAUGGCUGGAAAUCUCACUUAUUCAGGAACUCCACGAAGAAAAGUCUUAAAAGUUCAAGAGCGCAUCAGCACCGGCUAGAGGCAGACGCCAGUGAACUCGAUGCAAAUGUGCCACCAGUGUCUUUUCUGCAAGUCUUGAAGCUGAAUAAAACGGAGUGGCCCUAUUUUGUGGUGGGAACAGUCUGUGCCAUUGUCAACGGGGCCCUCCAGCCAGCCAUCUCCAUCAUCCUGUCAGAAAUGAUAGCUAUCUUCGGCCCCGGGGACGACGCAGUGAAGCAACAGAAGUGUAACGUGUUCUCACUGGUCUUCUUGGGCCUGGGGGUCCUUUCAUUCUUUACCUUCUUCCUUCAGGGCUUCACAUUUGGCAAAGCUGGCGAGAUUCUCACCACAAGACUGCGGUCCAUGGCCUUCAAAGCGAUGCUGCGGCAGGACAUGAGCUGGUUUGACGAUUACAGAAACAGCACCGGAGCCCUUUCCACGAGACUCGCCACGGAUGCUGCGCAAGUCCAAGGAGCCACAGGAACCAGGUUGGCUUUAAUUGCACAGAACACAGCCAACCUUGGAACCGGAAUCAUCAUAUCGUUUAUCUACGGUUGGCAAUUGACACUCUUGCUGUUAUCGGUUGUCCCGUUCGUUGCCGUCUCUGGAGUUGUGGAAAUGAAAAUGUUGGCUGGAAAUGCCAAGAGAGAUAAGAAAGAACUGGAAGCCGCUGGAAAGAUUGCAACAGAGGCCAUAGAAAACAUUCGAACUGUUGUAUCCUUGACCCAGGAAAGAAAAUUUGAAUCAAUGUAUGUUGAAAAAUUGCAUGGACCUUACAGGAAUUCAGUGCGAAAGGCACACAUCUACGGCAUCACUUUCAGCAUCUCUCAAGCGUUUAUGUAUUUUUCCUAUGCCGCCUGCUUCCGGUUUGGCGCCUACCUCAUUGUGAAUGGGCACAUGCGCUUCAAGGAUGUCAUUCUGGUGUUUUCAGCAAUUGUGUUUGGCGCAGUGGCUCUAGGACACGCCAGCUCCUUUGCUCCAGACUAUGCAAAAGCCAAGCUGUCUGCUGCACACUUAUUCAGCCUGUUUGAAAGACAGCCUCUGAUUGACAGCUACAGUGGAGAAGGGCUGUGGCCUGAUAAGUUUGAAGGAAGUGUGACGUUUAAUGAAGUCGUAUUCAACUAUCCCACCCGACCCGACAUCCCAGUGCUUCAGGGGCUGAGCCUGGAGGUGAAGAAGGGCCAGACGCUGGCCCUGGUGGGCAGUAGCGGCUGCGGGAAGAGCACAGUGGUCCAGCUGCUCGAGCGGUUCUACGACCCCAGGGCCGGAACAGUGCUUCUAGAUGGUCAAGAAGCAAAGAAACUCAAUGUCCAGUGGCUCCGAGCCCAACUAGGCAUUGUGUCCCAGGAGCCCAUCCUGUUUGACUGCAGCAUCGCCGAGAACAUCGCCUAUGGAGACAACAGCCGAGUCGUGUCCCAGGAUGAGAUCGUGAGGGCCGCCAAAGCAGCCAACAUCCACCCCUUCAUCGAGACGCUGCCCCAAAAAUACGAAACAAGAGUAGGAGACAAGGGCACUCAGCUCUCUGGAGGCCAGAGACAGAGGAUCGCUAUCGCUCGAGCCCUCAUCAGACAGCCUCGGGUCCUGCUGCUGGAUGAAGCCACGUCAGCUCUGGAUACUGAGAGUGAAAAGGUGGUCCAGGAAGCCCUGGACAAAGCCAGGGAAGGCCGUACCUGCAUCGUGAUCGCUCACCGCCUGUCCACCAUCCAGAACGCAGACUUGAUCGUGGUGAUUCAGAACGGCAAGGUCAAGGAGCAGGGCACCCACCAGCAGCUGCUGGCGCAGAAAGGCAUCUAUUUCUCAAUGGUCAAUAUUCAGGCUGGUGCACAGAACUUAUGAACUCUUGUUACAGUGUAUUUUUAAAAUAAAUUCAAAACAUUUUAC